GUGGUCACAUUUGAACUUCUCUAUUCACUGUUCCAGAUCAGAAUUCGUGAAUAGUGAUUUUGUAAUGGAAAAGAUACUGAUUGUGUCUCGUCACGAUCGUAUUUUUAUGAUCCUUACACUUAAAAGUUUUUCAUAGUCACAAAUACUUUUGGACACUUUAGCCAGGGCUUCAUCAUGGAGUCUGCAGGUGAUUGGUGUCUUAUAGAAAGUGACCCUGGUGUAUUUACAGAACUUAUAAAGAAAUUUGGUGUGAAGGGGGUCCAAGUUGAAGAAAUGUGGACAAUUGAUGAUGGUAUAUUUGAAAACUUGAGGCCAGUGCAUGGACUUAUUUUCCUAUUCAAAUAUGUCCAACACGAAGAGCCAUCUAACCCUGUGGUAACAGAUGAUAGAAUCCAGAAAAUAUAUUUCGCAAAGCAGGUUAUAAACAACGCAUGUGCGACACAAGCAGUUAUCAGCUUAUUACUAAACUGCAAUCAUCCAGACGUCGAUCUAGGUCCAGAAUUGACUAAGCUGAAGGAGUUCAGUAUGUCAUUCGACCCUAAAAUGCGUGGGCUUACUCUGAGCAACUCGCAGACCAUUCGAGGAGCUCACAACUCGAUGGCGCAACAGACAUUAUUCGAGUUUGAUCGAAAAUUGCCGACUAAGGACGAAGAUGCAUACCAUUUUGUUGGGUAUACGGCUAUCGAUGGGCGAGUAUACGAACUGGAUGGUCUACGAGAAGGACCCAUUGAUCAUGGCCCAGUCGGUGCAGAUCAAGAUUGGCUGAACGUUGUUCGGCCCAUUAUUAUUAAAAGAAUUAACACCUAUACCGAAGGCGAAGUGCAUUUUAAUCUAAUGGCGAUCGUAUCUGACAGAAAAAUGAUAUACGAACGACAAAUUGAAGAGUUACUUAACGAGAAUAACAUGCUCGGUAUGGAGACAGACGACGUCGAGAAUGAGAUCAGAAGACUGAAAAUGCUGAUAGAGUAUGAAGACGCGAAAAUGUUUAAAUACAAACAAGAAAUGGUCAGACGAAGGCACAACUAUCUGCCCUUCAUUAUAACCCUGCUCAAAGUGUUGGCCGAGGAGAAGAAGCUGGUGCCCCUCUACGAGAAAGCCAAGGAGCGUAUUUCUAAGAAGUGUCAAAAGAAAUUAAAAGUAUAACACGAAAAAAGGGCGGGAGCUCAUCCCGCCCGCGAGCGUCCCGCCCGCACCUCCUCGCAGUCCAGUCCUUCCCGAGUGCUCCCCGACUCGGAAAAUAUGUAUACAUUAGCCGACUUAGACGCCAUAUUCACAGAGAAUCACGACUCGCUACAGACUUUCCCGCUUGGACAGCACGACAUGUUCGAACAGAGCUUGAUGGACACACACGACUCGCUCGGCCUCGGCCUCAUGGAACCCGAUGAGAUCCUCAAAGACGUGAUCCUGCCGCCCACGUUCGACCGCAACAACAUCUUCGACGUGCAGGGCAUGGUCGACGACAGCUUCCUCGAAAUGGACGAGAUGCCGCGAGACGACCUUCUCGACGGCGAAGAGUUCGAUGUCAGUAAAUUCUUCAAUUUGCCCGAAGAUAAGAAUAAACGUGAAACUAACAACGAUUCCGAGUGAACCCUUCCAUUUCUAUUGGAUUGUGCCGUGGCUCCGCGAAUUGACAAACUGAUUGGUAUCGUUAAAUAACAAAAAGUGUAUUACGAAUAAAACAAAUAUAAGUAGGAUUAUAUUUUGUCGAUCAUUGCAUAACAUUGACGUAAACGUUUGAACUUAUUAAAUUAAAAUUUUAUUAGAUAUAUUUUGUCAUAAUUUGUAUUGUAGUGAAAAAAAAAAAAUUAUUUUUAUGGUAGUGCAAACUAAGGUAGUGCGCUAGCUAAACUUUCAAUAAUAUUAUAAAUGUUGUCAUUUGUUGGUAAGUGUAAUUUUGAGACCCUGCACAUAUGACAUACAGUUGGUAAAUUGUAUUAUUAUAUUUUAGAUAUAACGAUUUAAUCUUGUAGUAGCUGUUACGCGUUUAUGCGAUAUCUAAAUAUGUAAAUAUAAUAUAUAUUAACGGAUUAUAUACAUUUCCAUUGAUGGAAAUGUAUUUCUAGAAAUAUAUACAUCUUCGGAUUUCUAUGUAUAGUGUAAUACAUUUCUGGUAACAUAUUAAUCUAAUGGUGGUUUGUCAAAAUAAACCAAUUCUAUUAUAUGUAGGUAUAAUGCAUUUAAAUAUAAGCGAUAUACCGUAUUAAUUACAGUUACCAGAUUGACAAACAGCGAUAAUGGUCCUGACAUAUAUGUAAUAGCUAUAUUAUAAUACAUAUUAGUAGAUUCAAUAGUGUUAUGCGUUUAACAGACAUGUUAUGUGUGAUUAUAGUAAUUUCUUGUUACAUUUGUCGUUGUACUGUUCUGCUUUCUCCUCCUUAGGUAGAAUAAACUAGUGUCGUGCCAUGUCGGUAGCGAAUCUGAUUUCGACUGAUUAAUAAUUCGACAUUUGAAAUAAAAAUAAAAUUUAUUUUCGUACGUAAAUAUAUAAUAGAAAAAACAUACAUUUCGAUGUUCGGUUCGAGCUGGCGUCACAGACAAAAAUCAUUAGGAUUUUAAAUAAGUAUUACCAUGGGAAACUUUUUUGUGAUGGAUUUGCUUUGAAUACUACUUAAAUAUUAAAAAAUACAAAUUUUGCGACUAUAGCUACUGUCAUAAAACUGAUUCAACUUUGCGAUUUGUUCAUUAAAUAAUACAAAUAAAUUUUAUUGGCUCAU